AUGGCUGAAGAAGACAAAACUAACACCAACAAGAUUACCCCGGGCCCAUAUAGUCCCAAGCCGGAGUCCCCUACGACGGCACGCCCUCUGGAUUUUGAUGAUGAACCUCAAGAAUCUGGCAUCACCUCGGUGUCUGCAGCCGUAACUCAGCAGAAUGCGACAGAAGUUGCCCCGCAAAAGCCGCCGCGUCCAUUGAGCCCGCAACAACAGUCUGAAACAACUCUCAAAGAAGCGUUUCCAACUAUUGAAGUGUCAGUAAUCAAGGCAGUCCUGGUAGCGAGCAACUGGGACGUUGAACGUGCUUUCCAUGCUCUCCUUGGCAUGACUGACCCCAGCGCUGCCGAGCAAGAUGUUCCUCCUCCAAAGCCACCCCGCCCCUCCGCAACGCAGAGACAACUGGAAGCAGAUGAAUUAUAUGCUCGCCAGCUUGCGGAGCAUUACAAUCGCCGUGCACCCCAAUCCCGCUUGGAGGGCGGUCAUCCAUAUGAUCGGUCGAGAAGGGACAGUGAGCUGUCGGAUGACAGAGAGUAUAGUUUUUUUGAAGACGAUCUUCCGGUGAUCCGUGAAAAUAUCCGCAAAGGAUUUCUAGAGACCCAAACAAAAGUUAACUCGUGGGUUCAAAAUCUAAAGAAAAGGCUGGAUGGCGAAGACCAGGACGAUGUGCCGUCUAGUCAGGGCUAUCGCAAUGAGUGUGAUGCCCAAACAAGGAGAAGCGGAGAGUUGGGCCGUCGCAGCGGGGAUCGCGAACGCUAUGACGCAGACCCCCAGGUUUUAAGUGAUGAUUUUUCAGCUCUUGAAAUGAGAGAUACAGAAGCUCCUCCACCAAGACCACCAAGGCCGCUUGCCAAUCCUAGCCUCUACAAGACCUCGUCGCCUUCACCAGACAGACGCAAAGUAUCUUUUCAAGAGGGCCCGCCCACCGAAAUCGGGGACAAUCUUUACGACGCGUCUGAAUCGUCUAGGCAUUCUCCCGCGGGUGGCAAACCAAGCAAAUGGCAACCAUUGUCCACUGUUGAGCCUUCACCUGUUGGAGAUCACGAUCCAUUUAGUUUAGGUGAUAGCGAGGAUGAAAAAGAUACCAAACCUCGGGAUCAGACUCCCGCUGAUGGGGGUGACCGCAUCAGGACAGCUACAGCCGAGGCGAUUGCUGGCGAGUUGCCUUCAGCAUCAAAAGCAAAUCAGAAGGCAGAUGGCGGAAAGUCUUAA